AUGUAUUAUAAGAAACCCGAUACUCGUGAGCAGAGUGGUUCGAAACUCGGUGACUACCAAGUGCUUGAAGAAAUCGGAAGAGGCUCUUUUGGGUUUGUGAGGAAAGUUAUACACCUACCGACGAAUAAGGUUCUUGUUCGGAAAGAAAUUCAGUAUGGGCAUAUGAACUCUAAAGAACGGCAACAAUUGAUUGCGGAGUGUGCCAUUUUGAGUCAACUAAAACAUGAAAACAUUGUUGAAUUCUACGAGUGGGAUUCAGACAGAGACGUGCUUUACUUCUACAUGGAGUACUGCAGUAAUGGCGAUCUGUCCCAGAUGAUAAGCAAUUUCAAGAAAGAACGAAAAUACAUUCCAGAAAAACUUGUAUGGAGAAUAAUGGCACAGAUCCUCUCCGCUUUGUAUCGCUGUCACUACGGUACUGAUCUAGUACCGCUUGAAUCCAUAUAUGAUAAAAUCAAGUCACCCGUGAAAGGCUCCAACGUUGUUAUCCAUAGAGAUUUGAAGCCAGGAAAUAUUUUUUUGAGCACGGAGAAAGUACCGGAUCCUUCAACAGCUUCUCAAACCUUGGACUACAACACUGCAUCAGUGAAGCUGGGAGACUUUGGUCUUGCCAAAUCUCUAGGAUCGAGCGUGGAAUUCGCAACCACAUAUGUGGGUACUCCAUACUACAUGUCUCCUGAAGUCUUGAUGGACCAGCCCUACUCGCCACUGAGUGACAUCUGGUCUUUGGGUUGUGUGAUAUACGAAAUGUGCACACUACGCCCGCCUUUCCAAGCAAAAACGUACACUGAAUUACAAAGAAGAAUUCGAGCUGGCAAAUUUGAACGUAUUCCAGAAUACUACUCACAUGAACUCCAGCAAAUUAUCGAGUCCUGCAUCAACCCAGAUUUACAAACAAGGGCAUCCGCAUACUCCCUCUUACAAGAUAUUCAGCUUCGUAUUGCGCGCAAGUCGCUGCAGCUUGAAAGGUUCGAAGAUACAUUAUUAGAUUAUGAAAAGGAACUCAUGAAUGUCGGGGACAUCUUGGAGCGACAAGCUGCAGAAUAUGAGACAGAGAUGACUGUUAUAAGAAGCCAGUACCGGAAAGAGUUCGACCUUGCUGUUGAGCAGCGGGUCAGGGAAAUUUUGCAUGGCAAGAAAGUGAGCGGCAUGCCAGAUAUAAUGCAAGGCAAAAACCAUCUUAAUAGACCAGAUUACCACUGGCGGGUGAAGGGUAGGUAA